CGCAACCCGGUUGAACUGGGGCUCCGGGUCGUUUGUGUGUGUGUGUGUGUGUGUGUGUGUGUGUGUGUGAGCGGACUCUGAAUCAACCGCAUCUAUUGUCGGGACGGGACUCUGGCGCUGGCCGCUCCGGUUCGGCUUCGGUCGGUGGUGCGAAGGAGAAGAUGGAGUUUUUAAUCGGAAACCUUUUCAGCACGCCGAUUGGCACUCGGAUUGAGCUCGCCACCAGCUCCAGCCUGCAGUCGGAGGACUGGGCCCUCACCAUGGAGAUCUGCGACCUGGUCAACGGCUCGGAGGAGGGGCCCAGAGACGCAGUCAAAGCAGUAAGGAGACGGAUUGUGGGCAACAAGAACUUUAAGGAGGUUAUGUACACACUGUCGGUCCUGGAGGCCUGUGUGAAGAACUGCGGCCACAGGUUCCACGUGCUGGUGUCCACGCGGGAGUUUAUCGAGGCCGUCCUGGUCCGGGCCAUCAUCCCCAGGAACAACCCCCCGCUGGUUCUGCACGACCGCGUGCUCAGCCUGAUCCAGGCGUGGGCCGAUGCGUUCCGCAGCUCCCCCGACCUGACCGGGGUGGUGUCGGUCUACGAGGACCUGCGGAGGAAAGGCCUCGACUUCCCCGUGGUGCAGCUCGACGGGAACUCAACCAGCAACCCCGAGGCGCGCAAGCAGAGCUUGCCUGUGAACGGGGCUCUGUCCAUCCCCCCCCACCGGCCCCCCUCCCAGCAGGAUCACCGUGUCUUCAGCCCCGACCAGGUGAAGAAGCUGAAGGCGGACAUGGGGGGGGUGCAGAGCGACCUCACCAUCAUGGCCGACAUGAUGAGUCAGCUGGACCCCGUCACCGCCGCUCACACAGACGUGGAGAGGCUUCAGCAGCUGUACCUGGUCUGCAAGGCGAUGCAGGACCGCAUCCUGGAGAUGGUCCCUCGUCUCAGCGAGGAGCAGCUGAUCGAGGAGCUGCUGGCGGUAAACGAUGAGAUGAACACCACCUUCGCCCGCUAUCAGAGGUUUGAAAGACAAAUGACCAACGGGGAAAGCACAACGCCAAAGACCCCCACUUAUGUCAACUUGACUGAACUGGGGCUGGCCAGCAACUCUGUCGACCAAUCAGACGUCUUUAACCAAUUCCCAGUUGAGGCUGUGUCCAGCCAGUUUGUUAACCUGAGUACCCGGGAAUCGGACUCGGAUGCAGAUUUUCCUCAAACAAACUCUGAAUCUCAUCUCAGAGGAAGUGAGCCGGGGGGAGAUGCUGUCCAGGGCGUGGCCAGCGCCCACGCUCACUGCAUCCAGACUCAUGGAAUGGACCCCAGCCGCAGCCUGUCUCCGUACUCUGACUGGAUGGUUAGGAGGGGAAUGAUUCCUCUCAACCAAUCAAACAUGAUGGACGACGUUGAGAAAUGGCUGGAUUACGAUGACGAGAAUGCUGACUUUGACGACUCAGAGGGCGUGACCAGUGCAGAGUUUGACAGGUUCCUGGCCGGCAGGGCCCAGGCUGCCGAGCGCCUGCCCUCGCUGCGGACCCCCUCCCUGGACCACAGCCCCCCCGGGACCUGCAGCCAAGACCCCCCCCACCUGGACCCCCUCUGAUGGACCUGCAGCCCAGACCCCCCCCCCCCCCCACCUGGACCCCCUCUGAUGGACCUGCAGCCCAGACCCCCCCCCCACCUGGACCCCCUCUGAUGGACCUGCAGCCCCUCCCCCCCCCCCCCACCAGGACCCUCUCAGACUUUCGAUGGCUGGCAAGAGGAACGGAAUCUGCUGCUAGCCAAUUAAAUGAGAAGAGUGUGUGUGUGUGUGUGUGUGUGUGUGUGUGUGUGUGUGUGUGUGUGUGUGUGUGUGUGUGUGUGUGUGUGUGUGUGUGUGUGUGUGUGUGUGUGUGUGUGUGUGUGUGUGUGUGUGUGUGUUGUAUGGAAUAAGUUAUUUUGGACCAAGAAUAUUUUUAACCAAUUGUGAGCAAGUACAAAUACUAUGAAUUAUUUUUUUUUUAACUAAAUUUGUUUCCUUUCUGCUACUGAAACAAAAACGAGCGUAUAUUAAUUCAAUGUCGUACGUCCCGACAAGUUGGGGGACAAGAUGGGGCUUACAUGAAGAGCAGGCACUGAAGCACUGCUCAUACAUGUUGUAGACCUUUUAAGUAGAGCGACGAUGACAAUUUAACUUACUUAACUUUGUCUGAGAAGGAUAUCCCAUUUUUACACGUCUGACACUAUAGAGUGUACUAUUAAACUGAUACUCGAGUAUUCAAUUAUACAUUUUCAUUCUGUGAGGGUUUGUCCAUUAGCCCUACAAGUGUAUGAUUAAAAAUGUAACGUAGUUUGACAUUUUAUAAGCUUAUGAACACGUAAGCGAGAAGUUUAAGGUGAGCCUAAUUCAUGGAGGGGUUGUGAUUGAAGAAAUAUGCUGCUGUUUCACUCGCAUUGCUGUUUUAUUUUCUGCUGGUUUUGUAACUUAGCUUGAGCAGUAGGGAUUGGUUCUGCACAGAGAAGAAGGUGAAGGUUCACCUCAACUCAAUGUUUGAAGAACCAAGCUUCUGCUGAUGGAUCCAGACACUGAUAGUCUGAAUCCUGCUGUCAUGUUGUGUAAUAAACUGUUCUGUUCUGCGUAUGCCAAUAAAAAGUGCCACCAUGUGCUCUGA